AUGCCUCGCCCAGCGCCUAAAAGAACCCGAACAGCCAAGGCUUCAAAGCCUGGCAAUUUUCCCGAGUCACAAACUGAUAAUGAGUCUAACCCCGUACCUUCAGUGGAACAGGGGUCUGUCGAUCCUCGACGAGCCCUACGCAAUCAGACACCCUUAAAAAACAAUGAACAGGCGAUCGGAUCAUCACCCACUGGUGACCGUCCAGAUAUUGGUAGCCAGCCUGGAACCGGUAGCCGACCCCCAACACGGUCUCGUGGCUAUUCAUCUACCCUGUAUUUUGCAAACCGCCAAGGCGAUAUAGGCUCACGCAUCCCCGGUACACCUGGCUUCGACAGCUCAGUUCUCAGCAAUUUCCGCCGACGCCCACGCCAACAGAGUAUCUUGCAUAAUCUGCAAGGCGAAGAUGGCUCCUCGGAGUUGGACGACGACGAUUUUUUGGGAGGGCUGAGUCCUGAGGAUGAAUCCACGCCAUUGAAUCUCCCUGGAAGGAAAUCAUUGUUGAAGAGACAAACAGAUGAAUCGCCAUUAUCAUCACCGUCCAAAUCAGUCUCAACUCCGUCUACAGGGAGUUCGCGUAAACGCAAACAUAGCGAGGCGGUUCAAGUGCCUGCAUCAUCUUUUGAGCCAGGCCAGGAUAUGGUGGAGGGUUCCCCGAGCAGGACAUCAGUCGCACGCGAUUCACCAAGCAGGACACCAGUUGCCCAUGAUUCCCCAUCGCAUCAAUCCCAUAUAUCGGCAUCACCUCAAACCACUCAACUCUCUGAGCUUCUCAGUCAAACCAUGGCACUCCCGGCCAGCAGCCCAUUCAGUACGCAAACUCCCUCCACGGCGCCUGCACAAUCGCCAAUUGCUGCUUCACGACGAACACUUGCAGGUAAAAAAUCCAAGCAGCCAUCUCACCUUUCGACUGCGACGCUACAAGACCAGCUUCUGCCUCGGCGACGAUCGCGUCGCACUAAGCGUCCAUCUGGUGAUGAGUUCGAUUUUCCCAGCGACGACGACGGCAUGCACAAUGCUGCACCGGGGGAUGAAGACGAGCUGAGCUAUCUUCCCUCAAGAAGAUCGAAACCGAAGCCAUUGAGCAAUACACGAGAGAAAUCCAAGUUGAACAAUAAGAACCAAAAAUCCAAAGUCAAGGCCAAGGCCAAACCAGUUAAAGCACCAGAGUCCCAACCGGUCACAUAUUCGCGCACCCGUCCAAGAGGAGAUAUCGAUAAGGAGAAUGAAAUACAUCUGUCGUCGCCUUCUUCAUCUCCGCUGUCUACUCCCCCUAGCUCGGAAGUAUCUGAUGCUGAAACAGAAACAACAGAAACGCCAGGAUCAGGAUCGAAGCGCCGCUACGUGAGCGCAGAGUUACGCGCAGCAGCGCAAAAGUUUGCCGAGGUUGAUAAGUGGCAGAUGGAAUUUGAGGAACUGAAUUCCUCUGAAGUAUCUGCCGCUGAAAUUUAA